AUGUCAAGAAUUGUAAUCCAGCAAUUAUGUUUUAACAGAGUGAACUAUUUAAAUGCAUUAAAAGCUAUAAAUAUCACACAAUACAGGUAUAAAGCUGACAGAUUUGGACAUACGUUUGCGUUCAUUCAAGAAGGAGCUGAAAUAAGGGAACUACCACUGAUUGUACGUAAUGUAUGUAGUAACGAAAUUUGCUGUAAUGAAGAAUGUACUGGAACUGGAGAAACAGAAAUUAAUAAUGAUGAACUAGUCAACAAAUUAAAUAAUCUAAAGAAUGAAACAGAUCGCAAAAAAGCUGAUGAAGAAAUUGUAGAUGUUAUUCGGGGCUUUAAAAAAUGUUCCUCGGUAAAAUCCCUAGUGGAUCUACUAGAAAUAGUAAUGCUUGAUGAGAUAACUCCAGCGGUAGCGUUAUGUGCUCUGAAAAAAAUAGUAGAACUAGAGAACUUUAAAUUUCAUGUAGCAACAAAUAAAUUAUCAUCAUUCUUAGAUACCAAACCAAAUAUAGAUUAUACCAAAACACCAAUAUUAGAAAAACUGCUGGAAAUUAUUAUGAAAGGAGAUAAUAACUCUGCUGUUGUUGGAACACUAGAAUUAAUACCUAUCGAUCGUGUUCGAGUAUUGCCAUUAGACACAUUUAAAAAUAAAAUAUCUGAAGAAAUUUUAUGCCGAGUGACCGAAAAUAAACUGAAUAUAGAUAAUUUAUGUAGAUCAAUCGAUGCAUUUUCUAAAUUAAAUGAAGUCAAGACCGCAGACCAACUUUGGAUUGGAAUAAUGGAAAAAUCUGAUCAAAUAAAUGAAAAAAAUGUAAUUCAAGUUUUCAGAAUUUUACACCUGUUAAAGAAAAGUAGAAAAACCAUUAUGAACCUGUUAGAGAGACGUUUAAAGCACUUUUGGCAUCAUCUCUGUACUAAUGACUUAAUAGAAAUGUUGUAUAUAAUACGAUUAACAAAGUCCAAUUCAAAUAUUAUCCUAAAGACUAUAUCCAGGUGGAUUAAUACAAACAUACACACAAUGAGUGAAAAUAAUCUAACUUCAAUUGUAAAUGAGUUAAAUAAUUCUAACUAUGUAGAUAUUGGUAUUGUAAGAGCAUUAGAACGCUAUAUAAAAGCCAAACACAGUACCAUAAACAGUCCUUUAUUAAUGGUAGAAAUUAUGAACUACUGUUCAAAGUUUAAUGUACGUUCAGAAAAUAUUUUUGAAGGAUGUGCCAAAUACAUAAUUCAGUUCGGUUCCAAUAUUACUCCUUCUCAAUUUAGAGAUUUGUUUUGGCCAUUUGGCCAGCUCAACUACAAACCUAAAUCAGCUUUAGAGUUUUGGAUAAAAGUGGAAAGUAUAAUGAAUAAAGAGUUUCAUAACUUAAAGACACAUGAAACAAUAGAUAUAUUAUUGUCUUGUGUUUAUUUAGAGAAACAGCCAUUGAACUUUGUCCACAGGGUAUUUAAUACUUCUUUUUUACAUAAUUUAUACGACGGAGGAGGUAAUAAUAACUACACAAAAACAAAAUUAAAAAUUAUCGACCAGUGUAUGACAUUAGAGUGUGAUCACUAUCGAGGGCCAGUGUUACCCAGAGACAAAUUUGCAAAGAGCAUUUGGUGCGACUAUAGAAUAAAACGACUCUUAAAAGAAAUCAAUAGUACCCUUGAAAAUACUUUCCAAGGCUACAAAAUUUCUUAUUCGACCAUUUUAAGCCAACUACCACUUAUGAGUAUUUACAUAAUUGAUGCUUUAGUACACCCAGUUAAAUUUGAACUUAACAGUAGAUACAUUAAUUUCAAGAAACAUCCUGGUCUAUGCACUGUGAUUUUAGUUCAUUUGCCUGAACACUAUUGCUGGGAAAAAGAACACUUAACUGGUAUUGAAACCACUAGAAUAAGACAUUUUCGAAAAAUUGGAUUAAAUGUCAUGUCCAUCAACUACAAAAAAAUAUUAGAACUCAAGUACCCUGCUGAACUGACCGAAUAUAUUAACAAUAGUUAUAAAAGUAUGUUAGCUCCUUGUUAA